AUGGAUGUCCCCACCAUUUGCUUUGGCUUCACUCUCGGAUUCGCGACGCUCACUAUCAGCAAGGCUGGAAAGCAAACGUUGUCCGUUCUACGCAGGAAACACAACAAGUUCAGUCCUUAUGUCUUCAUGAUAUGGGUUGAAAUUGUUGUGUGCCUUGCUAUGGCUAUUUUGAGUUGGCUAUGGGUUCGUGGAGAUCUUCCAUCCACGCUCUGGUACUUCUUCGUCCAAGUCACCCUCUGGUCAAUCCAACUUCAGCUCCUGUUGCAAAUCAUCGCAAAUCGUAUCUCCCUGAUCCUGCCUUCCCGCAGCGACGGACGCCGCCUCAGACUCGGCCUUUUCCUAGGCAUCCUGCUUUUGAACAUCAGUGUGUACUGCAUCUGGAUUCCAGCCCGCAUGAACGUUUCUCCAACAUGGGUCAAGCUCAACAAUAUCUGGGAUCGCGUCGAAAAAGUCAUCUACCUGAUCAUCGACGCCGGACUCAACGCCUACUUCCUCUACCUGGUAAAAGUGCGGCUUGUAGAUGCGGGAUUGAAGAAAUAUGAGGAGCUGUGGCGGUUUAACGUAGGGAUCAGCACUAUCAGCAUCAGCAUGGAUCUCUUGAUCAUCGGGAUGAUGAGCUUGCCGAAUGACCUGGUCUACGUCCAAUUCCACCCCCUAUCCUACAUCGUCAAGCUCAACAUCGAGCUCUGCAUGUCCGACCUUAUCUCCAAGGUCGUCCGCAAGCGCGACCGCACCGACAAACCCCACGAGCACGACUCCUCAUCCAACCCCUCCCAAGGCACCGAAUUACCCUCCACAAAAACCGGCACCUUCCGGGGAACCACACUCGGCGGCAGCAAGAACUUCAAAAGCCACAUCACGUCGACGGUCCGGGAAGACCCUUUACCUGAUCACAAACGCGAUGCCAAAACCCCAGAAGCGGCGCGUUCGGGAAAUGCAAGCGUGCAUUCGAGCAGCAGCAGUGAUAGUGGGAUAAACUUCAGGGUGCCUGAGGAUGGCAUCGUGAGGACGGUUGCGGUGCAGGUUGAGGUGAAUAGUGUCCGUGAUGGGGAUGAGCGGAGUACAAAGUCCACGACAAUGCUGAGAGGCGGAUGGUAA